GUACUCGUGAGUUGCUUGGUGUUUGGAAAAAACAAAGGCAAACGCAAAGGGAGUGAAAUUGGUUUUGGUGAGAGAAGAGAGAGGGAUUGAGAGCGAAUUCUCGAAUUGGGAUGAUGAUGAUGAGGAGUGCGAGCUUGAUCCUCCUAUUCCUGUUUCUGUUUCUGUUGCUACGGCCGGGUCAAGCAAUUUGGCUGACUCUACCCUCCAGCGGCACCAAGUGCGUCUCCGAGGAAAUCCAGAACAACGUCGUCGUUUUGGCCGAUUACGUCGUUAUUUCCGACGACCACUCCCACUCCCCCACCAUCUCCGCCAAGGUGACAUCACCUUAUGGCAACAAUCUUCACCUCAGGGAGAAUGCAACACAUGGUCAGUUUGCCUUCACCACUCAUGAGGCUGGUAACUACCUGGCAUGUUUUUGGAUUGAUGGUCAUAAUCCAGGAGGCGGUGCCGUAAGUGUCAAUCUUGACUGGAAAACUGGGAUUGGAGCUAAGGAUUGGGAAUCAGUAGCGAGAAAAGAGAAGAUUGAGGGUCUUGAGCUUGAGCUGCGGAAACUUGAAGGAGCAGUGGAAGCCAUCCAUGAAAAUCUACUCUUUCUCAAGAGCAGAGAAGCGGAGAUGAGGAGUGUCAGUGAAAAGACAAACACCAGGGUGGCGUGGUUUAGCAUAAUGUCAUUGGGCGUUUGCAUUGCAGUGUCAACUCUUCAGUUAUGGCACUUGAAGCAAUUUUUCCAAAAGAAGAAGCUGAUUUGAGUUAUGCUACUUACAUUAUCUAUCUAGACGAAAGUUUAAUUAAGAAGAAAAUACUAAUACCAUGUAAUGUAAACUAUGAUUAGACACACACCGGCAGUUGUCAUUGUUUUUGUUCUUUUGGUAAUGAAAUUGUUUUAUUGAAACUCAA